AUGGCAUGCUUGCAUAUCAAUGAGAGUGGUGAUGGCUUUGGCUCGCGGCCCAAGACCUGGUGGACAUACUUCACCAAUUGGACCUUCAUACUCUUUGCGGCCUGGUGCCUGCUGGGCAUCUACAUCUCUGCUGCAAAUGUCCAGGCCAAGGUGAGGGCGUGUGACCGGCAUCAGGCGCUGGAGGCGUACUCAGGCAGGGAACAGGACGAGCGCGGCAAUGACAGGCGGUGGUCGGUGGUGCUCAAGCUGUACUGCCUGGUCAGCGAGACCAACGCUGCUGCCACCCUCUUCCUCAGCGCAUUCUUCUGGGGCUUCGUUGCGAAAAAGAGUGACAUAGCGAUUGACAACCUGCUGAAGCACGGCAUCAACAAUGGCUUUAUCCUGAUGGAUGUUCUUUUCUCUCGCGUGCCCUUUGUGUCAUACCACUACCAGGUGCUGCUGAUCUAUGGCACAGUCUACCUGGUCUUCAUGUUCAUAUACUACGGGGCCUCCACAGAGUGGGUCUACGUUGUCCUGGACUGGGACAAGCCGGCAUCCCUGGGCCUCUAUGUGUUCCUGCCCUUUGCACUCUUCAUCUCCUUUGUCAUCUGGUACUGGAUUGCACUGUUGAGAGAACUGGCAUGCAAGCGCUGCCAGCCGCCCAGGAACGCCCUCUUCUUCCUGGCAGGCCCCCAAGAUGCAGACGGCGCUGCCGCCACUGACCGUAAUCAUGACUGGCCGCCCAGUCACCCAGAGGAUGACUCAUUCGACACGCAGAUGCUCAGGAGCUCGCCACACCCGUGA